AUGUCUCUUUUCGCGAAGCGCGCAGUGGCCGGCAGCAGCCGUGCCCUCCCCACCAUCAACAAGUCGGCUAUCCUCGCCGCACGUGCGUCCCGAGCCUACUCCACGCCCGUCGAGAGCAACGGUGUCUCCUUUGGCCUCAGCGAGGAUCAGGAAGCGUACCGUGACCUGGCACGCAAGUUUGCUCGCGAGGAGAUCAUCCCCAACGCCCGUCACCACGAUCAGACCAUGGAGUACCCGACCGAGAUCCUCAAGAAGGGGUGGGAAGUCGGUCUUAUGAACACGCACAUUCCCGAGGAGUACGGUGGUCCCGGUCUCGGUCUCAUGGAGUGCGCUCUGAUCUCGGAAGAGCUCGCUUUCGGUUGCUCCGGUAUCCAGACUGCGAUGGAAGCCAACGGUCUCGCCGAAGCACCGCUGCUCGUAUCCGCGUCGCACGAGAUCAAGCAGAAGUACCUCGGCAGGAUGACCGAGGAGCCUCUCAUGGCAGCCUACUGCGUUACCGAGCCGGGUGCGGGUUCCGACGUGGCCAACAUCGCCACCAAGGCCGAAAAGCAGGGCGACAAGUGGGUCAUCAACGGAAGCAAGAUGUGGAUCACCAACGGUGGACACGCCAACUGGUACUUUGUGCUUGCCAAGACCGACCCUUCCGCCAAAGCUGCCAAGUCCAUGACUGGUUUCGUCGUUGACGCAGAUACUCCCGGCAUCCACGUCGGAAAGAAGGAGAUCAACAUGGGUCAACGAUGCUCCGACACGCGUCAGAUUACGUUUGAAAACGUCGUCGUUCCCGAAGCCAACGUUCUCGGCAAACCCGGUGACGGUUUCAAGACUGCCAUGGGAGCCUUUGACAUCACGCGUCCGCUCGUGGCAGCCGGAGCCGUAGGUCUCGCCCAACGCGCCCUCCACGAAGCAGCCAUGUACGCCCAGGAGCGCAAAACCAUGGGCAAAGCCAUCAUCGACCACCAAGCCAUCGCCUUCCUCCUCGCCGACAUGCAGAUGAACGUCGAAGCUGCCCGCAACCUCGUCUGGAAAUCCAGCUGGGCCAAAGACCAAGGUCAGCGAAACAGCUUCUGGGCCUCCAUGGCCAAAUGCAGAGCCGGCGAAGCCGCCAACUUCAACGCCGACGGUGCUGUGCAGAUCUUCGGCGGUCUCGGCUUCAACACCGAGAGCCCCGUGGAAAAGCUCUACCGAGACGCGAGGAUCUUCAGGCUGUACGAGGGUACCGAUCAGAUCCAGAGGUUGAUCAUCUCGAGACACAUCAAGGAGUUGUUCGCUCAGUGA